GCAAUGUUUUGGCUUCCUUACAGCCUCCUCAACUCCCAGUCCAGUUGAGUGAGGGUCUGUCCUCUCUGCCUGCCCAGGAGGCAAGAGGCCCAGGGGUCCUGGAGAGCCACCAUCAGCAGGCUGUGGAACAGGGUAGUUCCCUGUGCCGCGAGGGAGUGGUCUGACAGUGCCUGUUUUAACAUGGCUAUUAUUUUCUGCUUAGAUUCUCCAAGUAUUAUGGAUAUUUCAAUAACCUCGGAACCAGAAGAGAAAAAACCAAACGUUAAUAACGUGCCAGACUAUAUCAACGAUAUCCAUACAUACCUUAGGGAAAUGGAGGUGAAAUGCAAGCCUAAAAUGGGUUACAUGAAGAAGCAACCUGAUAUCACAAACAACAUGCGGGCUAUUCUUGUGGACUGGCUGGUGGAAGUUGGAGAAGAAUACAAACUGCAGAACGAAACCCUGCACUUAGCUGUAAAUUACAUUGAUAGGUUUCUUUCUUCAAUGUCUGUUCUGAGAGGAAAACUUCAGCUUGUGGGUACUGCAGCUAUGCUGCUUGCAUCAAAGUUUGAAGAGAUCUACCCUCCUGAAGUGGCAGAGUUUGUCUACAUCACAGAUGACACCUAUACCAAGAAGCAGGUUCUAAGGAUGGAGCACUUAAUUUUGAAGGUUUUGUCGUUCGACUUGGCAGCUCCAACAAUCAACCAGUUUCUCACUCAGUAUUUCCUGCAUCAGCAGACAAAUGCUAAAGUGGAGAGCCUAUCAAUGUACCUUGGGGAGCUGAGUUUAAUCGAUGCUGAUCCUUACCUGAAAUACUUGCCAUCAGUUAUUGCUGCUGCAGCAUUUCAUCUAGCAGGCUAUACAAUCACUGGACAAACUUGGCCUGAAUCCCUGUGUAAAGUAACAGGCUACACCCUCGAAGACAUCAAGCCUUGCCUCAUGGACCUACACAAGACCUACCUCAAAGCAGCACAGCACACGCAACAGUCCAUAAGGGAAAAGUACAAGAGUACGAAGUACCAUGGAGUAUCGCUUAUUGACCCACCAGAGACACUAAACUUAUUGUAAUAAUCAAGAGACUGAUCUUUUAAAGAGAUGUAUAUUACAAGAAAAUGAUGUACAGUUUUAAACAUGGUUCAAAAUUCUAGAUGUGAUCACUCAGAAUAUUAAUACAGGUUUUGAUGAGCUUAAUUAUGAAGUUAGUUCUAUGUGGUUUCAAUGUAAAUCUUUUGUACAUGCAAUCUUGUUAAAAUAUUUAGCUGGGUUUUUAUAAAAAUGUUCUCUUCGAGCACAAAAUUAACCAUGCAGACCAAGUGAUGUCUGAGACUGCUUAUCUAAUGAUAGACUAAACAUUAAUAUUAGCAGUGCAUUAUUAUAGUAGGGCUUUUUCUUCUUCCAAGUAAGAAGGACUUGGACUCCACAGCAGUAUUUGUAGCAUUUUUAUACUGUCUAGUUUAAACUGAGAGUUAGUAUAGAUCCAAAAUGUGGCUUCAUGGCUGUAAUACUGGAAGAAACUUCAUAGCUAUGAGGGGAACACCUUGCUGGAGUUGACUCUUGUGAGGCUUUUCAGAAUGUGGCAGUUACUGGAAGCCUUGACUGCCAGAUCUCCAUCAGAUUAAAGGCUGAACGCUCUGCUGCAGGGACUGAAUGGCUAAAACUACCAUACCACUUUGUGCUUCUCUCUUCCAGUACGUAGAAAAUAGUCUUGCUAAGGGUAUUUUCUAGUCGGAGCCUAAAACUGAUACUAAUUUGAAGCCAUGGAGUUCCCAGUGAUGUGUUAGAUGGCAAAAGCCCAUCGAUAUCUACUAAAAAAAAAAAAAAAGUCAUCAGCCUGCUUACCUUGUACCUCUUUAGGGGUGGUGGAGGGAUUAAACUGCAGGAGGGUGAGCUAUUGCUCUGUGCCCUCAAGAGGAGGGAACGUCUUCUGGUGUGGAUGGACUACGGGCAGAAUGGUACAAAUUCCGUGCAUCCCUCUUGCUUGGAAAGGGCUUCUCUGCAGCAUGCAUCAAAAAAAUUAGGCCAACUGGUCUUAUUUUUCCUUAGUUCUAGAACUGUUACGCAAGCAAACCAGCACAUCAUCGGCAUUAGAUCAAGUGGCCCUGCCAGCCUGUGUAAAUGGAGCGGUGCUGCUGUUCUUUGCAUGUAAAGCAGCAUGUGCAUGGAAGUGGGUUUAAUUAAGCCAUUUCCAGGUUGGCUAAUAAACAAUUUUUUACAUCUGAUUGUUAGUGGUCUUGCCGAUACCUUAAAACCACUGAGGGGUAGUGCCGCUGUCUUAAACUGGUGUUCAUUUCUGAAGCUUUUUGGCCAGCACUGCCCUGCGAAAGCUGUGUCGCUUCAACUUGAAGUUGAUUCAGUGCUGCCUGCUUAUCUGGACACCCAGCAGGCAGCAGCAUAAACUCUUUGCAGAUGUUGAAUAGCUGUUAUGGUGGUGGCUAUUUAAAAUUUUUAAAAAGUCAUCAGCCCCCUGUUAAGCUGACAAGCACAUGUUACCGCGAGAUGACUUGCAUGUCUCUGCGCAGUAACAAAAAGCUUGCUGUUCUGCCCCUGCUCUGCAGUCUGAGCCCUUCAAGAGCCAACUGGGUCACAAAACUGACAGAGUCAAGACAAAAGGAUGCACCAGAGGCUGCCUUUUUUGGCCAGUCUGAGCUUUUUAGGAUGCCCUUUGACUUUUACACAUUGUAAUGUUUAAUGAAGAACCGUGUUUCAUUGGUGGUGUACCGUGUUCCCCAACAGCCUUUAUUUAGCUUAAUUUCAGUAGGUUGCCACUGGAAAACUAGAACUAGUUGGGGUAAAAUGUAUCAUGUCUGGUGCUUAGUAUUGGAAGUGCUCUACCCUUGCGGGAGAGGGAAUCUGUGUAUCCAGGAACAUGUUUGCCCUAAGCUGCAACAUCGGUUUGUGACCUUGGAAGGGCAACUCAAAAUGCUGACUGGCAAUUAGUCUUUGAAGACAAUAGAGCACCGCGCUCUUCCUGAGAAACUGGGUUCUGCCUUCCCCUUCUUUCUUGUGGUGUAUGCUGGAAAUUUUCCAAGACCAUUGAAAAAUAUGAACAUUGCAAGAGGAGUAACUUAAAGGAAGCUUAUGAAUUGUUUUCCUCAGAAAGGAGCAAGGAGCAGUACUUAAGGACUACAGUGGCUUACAGCAUUAAUUUACUGCUUAAUGAAAUGUCUCCUUGCUCAAUUUGUCAAGGGAAGCUGUUCUGUUACUGUUCCCAUAGCACAGAGAAAAUUUCUUCCUUGCUCCCUGAGCUUUCAACAUACCAAUAGGACUUCCUCUACAGCCUAAAAGAAAAAAAAUAAUAAAUGUUUCCAUCAUGGGCUGGCAUUUCUGCCCAGUAUGACUAUGUUCCUCCUUCCUCACUGACAGCUCCUGCUGCUGCAGUAAGUAUCUUUUUCCAUCUUCUCAUUUUUCCAAAGUUAAUAUGGGAUGAUUCUAGCUCUUGCUACUAAGCUUUGAACAAAAUAUCCCAGGUGGCACUGUACUACCGUUUAACUUCUCCUACUCCUUUCAAAAUGAAGCCUAUGAGGUGUUAGGGGUAAAGAAGCAACAGCAGUGCAAAGAACACCUUUUUUCUGAGGUCACGUGGUACUGUGGAAGUAAGAAGAAACUGAAUCUUCACUCAUUCUGGUACUACCAACGGUGACUUUGGGUUGGAAGAACGGAUACUCAGGAAACACUGGUUUAGCUCCUGCAGGGAAAUGGGGCUUUGCUUGGCUGGGAGCAGGUUUUUUUUUUAACAUUACAUUCUAAACCUGAUCUGGGGAAUUUAAUACCUGCAACAGUAACUUCUCUCCUGUUCAUAUUUUGUGAAAUACUAAGGUCAUAUGUAAAAUAGUCCUACUUUGCUCUUGUAAAUACGUGCAUGUUUCCCAUUUGAUUUGGUUUUCGAACAAAGCAGCUUGGUCAGGUAUUUCAGAAACCUCCUUGUCUCCUUGCUUUGCCUGAUUCUAAAUUCAGAGCAUAAUUCUCUGAAUAUAGUUCAAGAAGCAUUCCCCUCUGUUGCAUGUAAUAUGUAAUUAAACUUUUUAACAAACUCCAGUACAAGUUGCUUCUCUAUGAAAAUUUUGCAGAAGGUCUAUGCCAUUUUGUUAAGCACACGGAUGGCUGUUGAUUAUUAGACAGAGCAGUUUCAGUGAAAGUUAAGAUGUGGAGUGAUGCCAGGGAGAAGGUCUCUGUCACAGCACACCAUUUCCCCCCAUGACGAACAUUCCCAGUUAUGCUUCCCAGAUGCGGUAAUAGCUACCUUAAUUAAAAGCUUUUCCUGGCACAGAACUUGAGCCAUAAUUCCUUUCACUACCUGAACUCUGACUGCACAUGGCUCACAUGGGUAAGGGCAGAGGCUGUUCCAUUAAGAAAACUGCAUCUUACCUCUGUGUAACUAGAUCAGUGCAAGGUGAAGUAGUGAGU